CAUAAAAAAACAAAAGCUCGUGCGGGCGACCGCCGAUCCUCGGUCUCAGAUGGCUUCCACUGACUAAACCGGUGGCGAUCCCGGCAUCUAAAAACCCAACCGGGGGCGGUCAACUGAGCGAAAGUAGUCGAAUUGCCUUCCUGUUCGUGGACGCUGCCCAGUGUUAGGGUUUAACGUCGCGCUGGAACGAUUCAUAUCUUUAAAUGAAUCAUGGUGGAGACUGGAAAACGACCGCGCCAGCAGAGGGAUGAUGACAAUGAUGGAAAACAGCGGAACAAGCGAGCAGGUAACAUGGAGAGAUCUGGGGAUGGUGAAUUGGUUGUCUAUCGCAUACUUUGUCCUGAUGGUGUCAUUGGAAGUGUCAUUGGUAAGGGUGGUAAAGUCAUAAAUUCCAUAAGACAAGAGACAUAUGCUAAAAUUAAGGUUGUCGAUCCUUUUCCUGGUGCGGACAAGAGGGUUAUUACCAUAUAUUGCUAUGUUAGAGACAAGGAUUCUGUGGAUGUUGAUGAGGACAGCAUGGAACCACUUUGCCCGGCUCAGGAUGCUCUGCUUAAGGUGCAUGAUGCAAUUGUCAAUGCUCUGGGUAAUGCUAGUGAUUAUGAUAAGAGGAACAAGGAGGAAGCCCAUAUACUUGUGCCAGCUAGCCAAGCUGCAAUUAUAAUUGGCAAAUCUGGGGCCACCAUAAAGAGAUUGAGAUCGAAGACCAAGGCAAACAUAAAAGUAAUCCCAAAGGAUGCCCAUGAUGUUACUCAUUCCUGUGCAAUGAGCCAUGACAACUUUGUUCAGAUAACUGGUGAUGCCGAAGCAGUUAAGAAAGCAUUAUUUGCGGUUUCUUCUAUUAUGUACAAGUUUUCACCAAAAGAAGAGAUCUCCCUUGAUACUUCUGUUCCAGAGCUUCCACCAAUUAUCAUUCCUUCAGAUGUCACUAUCUAUCCAGCUGGUAGCUUUUUUCCUGCUGCAGAUGCUAUUGUUUCCCCUUCUCGAUCUGUGCCAUCAGUCAUAGGUGCAACACCAUCUGUACCAGAGCUUCAUGGAUAUACCGAUACAGCUAGUGCAUGGCCUGUUUAUCCAUCUGCUCUUCCUGUUGUUUCUGGGUAUGGUGGUCCAUCACGUUCAGAGGAUUUAGUAGUACGAGUCUUGUGUCCAUCUGACAAGAUUGGACGUGUUAUUGGUAAGGGAGGGAGUACCGUAAAGAGUAUGAGGCAAAACAGUGGUGCUCGUAUUGAUGUUGAUGAUACAAAGGACGAGACUGAAGAAUGUCUUAUUACUAUCACAUCUACAGAGUCCACAGAUGAUAUCAAAUCUGCUGCAAUUGAAGCUAUUUUGCUGCUUCAAGGAAAGAUCAACGAUGAGGAUGCUGAGAAAGUGAAUAUCCGUCUUCUUGUUCCCUCAAAGGUUAUUGGCUGCCUCAUAGGCAAGAGUGGUUCGAUUAUAAGUGACAUGCGCAAGAAGACUAAGGCUGAAAUUAGGAUCUCAAAGGGUGAAAAGCCUAAACGUGCUGCUUCCAGUGAUGAGCUUGUGGAGGUGACUGGAGAGGUAGGUAAUUUGCGUGAUGCACUUGUUCAGAUUAUUUUGAGGCUUAGGGAAGAUGCUUUGAGAGAUAGGAAUGGCAGCCAGAAUACUCAUAAGGAUGGUAGUCAGAACGCUCCUCCAGUUGAUCCUCUUUACUCAAGUAGUCUGUCUGUUCCUCCAGUAUUACCUAGCAUUCCACCAGUUGCACCUCUGAGCUAUGACCAGAGGGUAGAAACUGAUAGGGGUUUUGGAGUACUUUCUGGAAGCAGUUUGUAUGGAUACGGUUCUCUGCAGGCUGGAGAGAAUGGCUAUGGCUCCCUUUCCCAGUAUUCAUCAAAGUCAUAUGGAGGAUUGCCUCCAUAUAUUGAGAUGGUGAUUCCUGCAAAUGCUUUAGCUAAAGUUAUGGGAAAAGGUGGCACAAACAUUGAAAAUAUAAGAAAGAUAUCUGGUGCUCGUAUAGAAAUUGUUGAUUCAAAAUCAUCCCGUUAUGAGCGUAUUGCUCAGAUAUCUGGAACCCCCGAGCAGAAGCGUGCUGCAGAGAACCUAAUCCAGGCAUUUAUAAUGUCAACUUAAGAUGAUGGAUAUGCUUUCAAACGUAAAUAGGCAAUAUUUUGUUCUGUUGUUGCAGUGCACUUCCUUUUGGUUUUCCAUAGUUUCCUUAGGUUUUUAUUCCGGAAAGGAGAGGUAUAUCUCCUAAAAUCCUUCUGGUGUCUUCUGCCUCCUCAGAGUCAAUUCAUGUUCCGAAGAAUCUGCUGCUUUGUUGUCGAGGAAAAUGUUAUCUAUGCCAGUGAACCUAUCAUAUCUGAUUUCCCAAGAAAUCUUAGGCCCUUCUUGUUUUCCUCUUUGAUGUUAUUUCUUGUGCUUCUUUAACUGGUAUGGAUGCCAUGUAUCCUGGUUUUAGUGACUCUUAAACAAAUGAUUCACUGAUCGAUAUAUUGAUGUUUAAUUAUCCUGUCUUGCCCAUCACUUUGUCAGCUGCAUGGUAGGAUCUAUCCUUAAACUGGGUGGUGUAAUCAAGUUUUGACAAGUACUGUUUUAACUUUUAACUGCUGAACUGAGUUAUGUAUAUGAUCGUUAUUGAAGCUAAAAAUCAUGUACAAAAAUGAAAUCUUAGAGCCCUAGGACUUCCUUCUUCUUUCCUCAUGCUUGUAUAGAUUGAAGUUUGAUUUUGUUCUCAGGCCUUGAUCUGAGUCAAUGACUGCAUGUUGUGUAGUGCUUGUACUUUUUGUUUCUUCUGUUGAAUUGUAUCAUUAGUUUGUUUGCUCCCAAGUUUCUCUUGUAAUGGGUUUUGAUUUUAACUCUUUUUGCUCUUGAUUUUCUGGACAUCCAUUUUCCUGCUUUAUGUAUGUUUCUGUCUCCCCUGUUUUUUUCUCCUCAUUGCAUUCAUCUUAGGUCAAUCCAAUUUGUGCUCCAUCGUUGGCCCCUUAAAUUCACUGUUUUUAAGACAUUGCUCUGUCUCUUGGCCAUAUAUAUUGGAUUUGGAGCAUUGAAUAAUUUUGCUUUCUCAUCCAUUUCUGCUACAGCCCGAAACAAAAAAUUUUGUAGGAAAAAGUGUAUAUUCUUAUUCUCUACUCCACAAAAGUUACCAACUUCUGACCCACUAAGAGACUGGUGGUCCAGAUGUCUAGAAUUGAGUAAUAUUCUUAUGUGACUUCGUGCCACCUUUAUAGUCUGCAUGCUCCAAGGAAGGGUUAGCUCACUUAGCUCUAGGUUUCAGUGUCCAGGUGGUGCAUACAGCAGGUACAGGUGUGCUCUUGUCAACUGCAAGAUUUCGGUUUUACCGGCAGAGACCAUGUAAAUUAUGUACAUAUGUGCUGAUGAGUUUUUAUAAGUGUUCGGAUUGUGUGUGGCUUGCUGUUUUUGUUUUCCAGCCACCUAAAGUAGUUAUGCAUUUUGGCAAUGCGAAAGUAUUGAUAUUAAAAUUA